AGCAAGACAGAGAGGCAGAGGAGAGCCAGAUGGCCCCCCUCUAUAGUUAGUAACGCCUAUGACCUCGCAGCUCAUGCAUUCCCAUUUCUUCCGUUUCCCCAUUUAAGCCCCCUCCUCCCCCACCUUCUGCUUCUCCAUCUCCAUCUCCAUCUCCAUCAUCUUCCUCUGCUACUGCAAUUAAUUCACCAAAAUCCAAUUCCCCCCUUCUGCUUCCUAGCAGCCAUGGUGGUCUUGUCCCGCCCAGUAGUCGAUGAUUUCUCCCUCAUCAAGACAUGCAAACCGCCGCCCGCCCUGUUCGCUGGAAUACCUGUAGUGGACCUUGCCGACCCCGCCGCCAAAACACGCAUCGUCGAAGCGUGCAAAGAGUUCGGAUUCUUUAAGCUCAUCAACCAUGGAGUCCCCACGGAGCUGAUUUCCCGAUUGGAAGCCGAUGCCUUCAAGUUCUUCAGCCGGCCCCAGCCGGAGAAGGACAAGACCGGCCCUCCCAGCCCCUUGGGCUACGGCAACAGGAAAAUCGGCCCCAAUGGCGAUGUCGGCUGGAUCGAAUACCUCCUCUUCUCCACCACCCCCGAAUUCAUCUCCCAGAUUUCCCCCUCCAUUUCCCCGGAAAACCCAGAAAUUUUCAGGCGUGUCGUGAACGAUUACAUCUUGAAUGUGAGAGAGAUGGUUUGCGAACUUCUGGAACUGGCGGCGGAGGGGCUGGAGAUCGAGCCGAGGAAUGUGUUUAGUCGACUGUUGAAGGACGAGAAGAGCGAUUCCUUUUUCCGGUUGAACCACUAUCCGCCAUGCCCAGAGCUUCAAGCAUUGAGUGGGAGAAACCUGAUAGGGUUCGGAGAGCACACAGACCCUCAGAUAAUGUCGGCUCUGAGAUCCAACAACACAGCAGGCCUGCAAAUCUCUCUGAGAGAUGGGACGUGGGUCUCCGUCCCCCCCGAUCACCAUUCCUUUUUCAUCAAUGUUGGUGACUCCCUCCAGGUGAUGACCAAUGGGAGAUUUAGGAGUGUGAAGCACAGAGCAUUGGCUGACAGCCUGAAACAUAGGGUCUCAAUGAUCUACUUUGGGGGGCCACCUAUGAGUGAAAAGAUUGCCCCUUUGGAUGCAUUGAUGGAAGAAGGAGAAGAGAGGCUGUACAAGGAGUUCACGUGGUGUGAAUACAAGGCUUCUGCUUACAAGUCAAGGCUGGCUGACAACAGGCUUGGCAGCUUCGAGAUUCAGAAGAAAAACAACUACUAUCUUCAUCAUGUCAUCAUUCUUGCUUCUUCACAUGUGCCUUGUCAAAAUACUUAUUCCUGGAAAAUGGUGGUGCUUUCGCAGCUAGCCCUUGACCAGUUUUCCUUGAUCCAAACAUGCCAACCCACGUCGGUAUCCAAGAGUUUUCCGGCGAUCGACCUGGCCAAUCCGGGGGCCAAGACUCAGAUAGUCAAGGCCUGCGAGGAGUUCGGGUUCUUCGAGCUGGUCAACCAUGGCGUCCCGCCGGAGUUGAUGGCGAGAAUGGAAGCUGAUGCCUUGAGGUUCUUCAGCUCCGCCCAGUCGGAGAAAGAGAAGGUGGCGCCUCUCGGCUACGGUAAGAUCAGAAUUGGGCCUAAUGGCGACAUGGGUUGGGUCGAAUAUCUCCUCCUCAGCACCUCCUCCAAGAUCAUCGACCAGAUUUCCUCUCCCAUCUUCCAGGGAAACCCACCAUUUUCCCAGAAUGCGCUGAUUGGGUAUUUGACGGCGGUGAAAGAGGUGGCGUGUGAAGUUCUGGAAUUGAUAGCAGAAGGGCUGAGGAUGGAGCCGAGGAAUGUGUUCGCGAGGCUGCUGAGAGAAGAGAAUAGCGACUGUCUUCUGAGGCUGAACCAUUAUCCGCCAUGCUCGGAGCUCCAAGAGCUGAGCGGCCAAAAUGUGGUUGGGUUCGGCGAGCACACCGACCCGCAGAUCAUCUCCGUGUUGAGAUCUAACGACACUUCGGGCCUCGAAAUCUGCCUCAAAGAUGGGACCUGGGUUUCAGUCCCACCGGCGCACAACUCCUUCUUCAUCAGCGUUGGCGAUUGCUUGCAGGUGAUGACGAAUGGGAGGCUGAAGAGUGUGAGGCACAGAGUAUCAGCAAACAGCUUGAAAUCAAGGGUGUCAAUGAUAUACUUUGGAGGGCCAAAGCUGAGUGAAAAGAUAGGGCCCUAUUCUUGCAAGGUGGAAGAAGGAGAGGAGAAGCUGUACAAGGAGUUCACAUGGACUGACUACAAGAAGUCGGCUUACAGCUCCAGGCUGGGAGACAACCGCCUGGCUCUCUUCCGUUCCAAUAAGUAGUAGUCUGAGUCUGCUUCCCAAUCAUAACACACACACACACACACACACAUCUCCCUCUCUCUCUCUCUCUCUCUCUCUAUAUAUAUAUAUAUAUAUAUAAUGCCUCACUC